CAUAGCUCGGAGUACGCACAGGUAGCCUCAUACCACCAGUCAUAUGCAAACUGGAAUUCAGAGUUUUCUCCCCUCGAAUCAACCCCUCUCGUCGGAUACAAUUCCCUUCGCUACGGAGUAGAGAUUACAAAGGAUUUAGAUUUAGGUUAAGUGGCGCAUGUCAUUCCCCAAGCUCGCUGCUCCUAAACCGUAGAACACCAGAUGGCAGAUACUGGACCAGGACUCGGACUCAGUCUCACCCAGCUCACCGAGCUCCCUUGUCCGGUUGUUUCGACGAGAUGGCCAGCUCCAGGAUUGGACGGUCGGAUCCCUCGCGCGCGACCCGUUGGCGUGGAUACGAGUCAAAACGUCGGCGAUGGCGUCGAUUAGGCGAGAUGGCGUUGCGUCGAUAGAGUCCGGGCUCUGUGCGAACCUGAGGGGAGUUUUGAUUCGUCUUUAUUCUUGGAUCCUGGAUUUUGGU